GUCGGGCCGGGAUUUCGCAGGGGGAGCCCAGCGGUGGUUGCAGCUGCGGCGGAUCCCUCGUCACUAGCCGCCGCGCGCGCGCCCGGCAGCCCAGGGCCCCGGGGCAGCUCCGCAAAGUCGCGGAGCGAGAGGAGGCGGGCUCUCGCAAAGUGGCCGGGCCGGGCUGAGACUGAGAGAGGUGUGCCCUGGAGCCCGAGCCCGGCGCCCCGGUGCCUCGUGUGGAGCGGCGGUGCAGCGCCUGGGAGGCGAGCUGACGUUUGGGAUCGAGAAAUACAAUCGCAGCCUCUUCAGAGGCACUAAGUUACGCCGGCAAGCCGGCGCCCGGGGAGCGCGCGUGCAGCCAAGCCGCGCUGCAGAGCCCUCCCGGGCCGGCCGGUGGGAAGCGGGGCCCUCACCCCUCCACCCCCACCCCCACAACCCCCACCCCGGCUCCAGCGCGGAGUCCGGCCGGCGGCGCGCCCGGGGGCUGAGCCGGGGCGUGCGAGGCUCCUCCGACCCUCUCGCAGCCCAGCGCCCCUCUCGGGCGCCCCUUCCGUGCCACUCCGGGAGCGAUGCCCCCCGCCCCCCGCGCCCGCCGGGAGCGACGCGAGCAUGGAGAAGUCGAGUAGCGAGGAUUCUUCGAUCCACCGGAGUCCAUCUUUGGACAGCAAGGACUCGGACUUUGCCAAGCCGUCCACCUCGGGCCGCCCGUUCGGCCGCGGCUUCACGGCCGGCGCCUUCUACGGCACCGCGGGCUCCCGCGGCCAGAGCCACGCCGAGGCCGGCGUGAAGACCGACAAGUACAAUGCGCCCAAAGGCAGCAAGUACGUGGUGUUUUAUCUGGACCUGUCCUUUGUUUUCCUCCUAGAAUUUAAGAAGUGCAACAUGGCCAGGGGCUGCCUGUGCUGCCUCAAGUACGCGAUGUUCCUCUUCAAUCUGAUAUUCUGGCUCUGUGGCUGUGGGCUGCUUGGAGUGGGCAUUUGGCUGUCCGUGUCGCAAGGCAACUUUGCCACCUUCUCCCCCAGCUUCCCCUCACUGUCAGCAGCCAACCUGGUCAUCGCCAUAGGCACCAUCGUCAUGGUGACGGGCUUCCUCGGUUGCCUGGGGGCCAUCAAGGAGAACAGGUGCCUCCUCCUCAGCUUCUUCAUUGUCCUGUUGAUCAUCCUCCUGGCAGAGCUGAUCUUAAUUAUCCUCUUCUUUGUCUACAUGGACAAGGUGAAUGAGAACGCCAAGAAGGACUUGAAGGAGGGCCUGCUCCUGUACAACUCGGAGAACAACGUGGGGCUGAAGAACGCCUGGAACAUCAUCCAGGCAGAGAUGCACUGCUGUGGCGUCACCGACUACAGAGACUGGUUCUCGGUGCUGGGGGAGAACACGGUUCCCGACCGCUGCUGCAUGGAGAACUCCCAGGGCUGCGGACAAAACAACACCACCCUCGUGUGGAGGACGGGCUGCUAUGAGAAGGUCAAACAGUGGUUUGCUGACAAUAAGCACGUGCUCGGCACGGUGGGGAUGUGCCUUCUAAUCACACAGAUUCUGGGCAUGGCCUUCUCUAUGACCCUCUUCCAGCACAUCCACCGGACUGGGAAGAAGUACGACGCCUGAGCGGCUGGCCGAGCGCCCCGGCCCCCGCAGACACUGUGCGAGGGAGGAGGCCUUCAGCUCUGUGUCGCCUGCACCUCCAGACUGCUGACCCCUGCAUCCCCACCCUGGCCUGCCUUCCUGGCCACCUGCCGCAGCCUUGUCGGUGGGCGGAGGCCGCAGGCGGGGGAGGAAAUGCAGAGACCUUGGGGUGCUGGGGCGCCCGGAUUCCUGUGUAUUUGCCAAAGAAGACAGGGUGGGUGGGUGGGGGGCGUGCUCCUGGAGCCCCCAGCACUGAUGCGUUUCUGCCCUGUCUUUCUUCCUCAGCUGACACUUUGUCUCCCCCGCAUGGCAUGGGGUGGGGGUAGGGGCGCUCAGGGCUGCCUUCUGGUGGAGAGACUGCUCAGUAGGGCCCCGGUGCCCUCCAGCCACCCGGAGGGGGUGUGCACUGGCUGGGGGCCGGCUGACCGUCUCCAGGCCGGGCUGGGCUGUGGGAGUGUCUCACCCAGACAUUUUAUACCUUACAGUGUAACUUUUUUCUAAAUUUUAUUUUACUCUGAUUAUGAUUAUUCAGGAAUACUAUCUCUCAGAUAAGUUUAGGGUUAGCUUUCUGAUUUAUAACUUUGUACUGCGUUGAUUUUCUGUAAUGGUUUGGUUUUCUUUCUGUGGGUGGGGGACGGGAAGGGACAGGGCACGUCCGUUCGUCUGGUUUCUAUCAGGACAGACCUCUGGGCACACUCAGGAGGCUGUGGCCAGGAUGCACUGAGGGAGGGGGGAGCCUGGGGGAAGGUGGCAGGGGAGACAGGGGUGCGGGAGGCACGGGAUGGAAGCGAGACACAGGGCAGGGGGUCUUCUGGGGGCUGGGGGUGCUUUGCCAGGAACGAGGCCGAGCAGGCGUGGGUCCUUACGCAUCUCUGAUGAGCAGUUCUUUUUCCUUCUUCCUCCCACCUGCCCUCUGCGGGCUGGGAGGCUCCCCUUCCACCCCUUGCGGGGGAUUCCCGCGACAGGUUCUGCAAACCCGUUAUUUCACAGACAUUCCUGCUAGAAACUCUCGGACAAAUACCUCUCUAGUUCAGAUGCUGCUCACUCUCUCACAUUGCUUCUGGAAGGGGAAGCAGUCCUUCCGUGGAGCUGCUCAGAAGUGACAGAGGACCCACGACCUCCAGAGGGGAGGGCGGGGGGAGCCGUGAUGGUCCGGCUGGAGUCAUUGCUGGGAGGGAGGGAGGGAGGGGUGGAUGUCCACCCGGCUGCCAGGACCCUCAGCUCCUUGCUCGGGGUUCACUGAUGCGGCGGUGGCUGGUGAUCAUGUCCUCUGCGACCCCAAGGGAAAGCAGAGGAAACUCGAGUAAACCCAGAGGGAUCCUGUUACGGUGGCCCCAGGACAAAGCAACCUGAGUCAGACAGCUGGGGGGUGUCCGGCCGCAGCCAGGUGCCCCCACCAGGGUUCACGCUGGUCUAAGCAAGUUGUGCAGUUGAAAUAUAAGUUAAGAAUCUGUAGGGCUGAGCUUGGAAAGAUUCCUCACCAGCUAGCACUUCCCCAGACGGGCCCCCGCUUUGUCUCCUCCCCAUCCUGUGUGUCCAAGAGCUGACACCCAGCCAGCACCCCCUUCUCUCCUUAAGCAUAAGACGGUUGGGACCAGCAGUGCAGAACUUUUGUGUGUUCAAGGGUCGUGCUUCUGGGUGGUGGGGAGCGGAGAAAAGGGUGGUCUCGGUGAGCUGGGUGAAGUAGAGACCUCCUCCCGGGACAGGAGUGGGGGUGCCUGUGGGCGAGCUUGUGGGCGGGGUUUGGGAGGAGGAUAGGCCGGUGCACACAGGACCGGCCCUCCCCACCCUCUGGGCCUGACUUCCUGGAAAGGAGCUUCAGUGGCUCCCCUGGGAACCCAGGUCUGCAGAGCCCAGAAUAGACGUGCACCCUGCCCCCUUGAGGCACCCUCAGCACACGAGCAUUUGAGUGGCGCAUUGGGACUGCGGCGUAGUGUUUGUUUUUGAGGGGCCGUUGUUUAUGCCUAUCAAUGCAAUUUUAAAGUUUCGUUAAAAUCAACAGGAAAAGCCUAGCACCUUGGGGGUGAUUGGGUCUCCCUGGAAUCUCAUGUUUCUGGAGCUUAGGGGGUGCCCUCCAGCCCUGGGGCCCUUGCCUCAGUCUCCCUCCUCCUGCCAGCCACCCCGCCUCGUCCAUCUGUCUGCAGAGCCUUAUCCACAGUUCCCCAAACUGCCUUCUUGCCUGACCCUGUGCUUGGCUGAUCGGUCAUUUGGCCGCGUCCGCAUGGGGCAGCAGGCUCUGUGUACCAGGGGAGAGCCCUUCUGCGACCCUUUUUCCGUCGUGCAGAGCGGUUCCCCUGCUGCACAGAAGGCACGCUGCGUGCUGUCAAGUGACGGGGCUUGGCAUCUUCUCGGUGUCUCCUGACUCUGGGCUCACGCCAGAGCUACCUGAGUAAGUCCCCUCCCUGGCAGCUCCCUGCCCAGGUCAGAGUCAGUUCCAGGGGGUCUGAUGCAGGCAGGUUAGAGUGGACUCCAAAGGCCAAGGUUCUGCAGCCUUUAGGGGCAUGCCUGCCUCCACCCGGCCUUUCUCUGCAGCCAGGUGGGUGCAGGGCAGGUGGGCAAGCAGGGCUGAGCACCGCCCCUAGGGGCAGCAGUUGUGCGACCCCCCACCCCCAGCUCCCCCCUGCCGCCAGUGUGAGCCUCUCACUCUGGCAAGGCUGCUGAUCGCCCUCCCACCCCUCUGAGACCCUCAAGCAGGUGUUCUGGUUUGACUCGGACCUGUUGGCCAUCCCUCCUUGCUCUGGUGGCCAAAGCAUGGUCCAGGUGGAUGGAAAGGAGGUCCCCACCUCUCCGGCCCCUGCCCACCGCUGGUGGAGGUGCUAACAGCAGGGACCUGGCCGGACAGAGCCAGGAGGUGCCCUGCAGGGCUGGCCUGUGGUGUUCCCGUCCUCCCAUCCUCCCCUCUUUGCGGCCGGGUCCAGGGUACGCCCCCGCCUCCCUCCUGACCGGGCCCCCCGUCGAGGGCGAGGCUGGGGCUCCUGCCCGCACCCCGUCCACCGGGGAGACAUGGCCGAGCGGGGUCCCGUGGGCUGGUUUCAGCGCACUUUUCUGCUUGCGAUGCCACAUCUGUACGCUUCCUUCAUCCUGGUCCUGGCUGUGGAACGCCAUGUUUUUAGCAUGUUUUUAAAUAAAAGCUGGUAACGUGUCAAAAGCACA